AUGGCACGAAAUCAACACCUACUCACUCGCACUCCGCAGGCGACCCACAGCAACUCAUCCCCCCUCAUCGAAAUGGCUGUCUCCCCCGAAGUCGCUGCUAUUAUCCAGCGCAAGAAGGCGCAAUACUGUCACUUCGCCGAUUCUAAUCAAUGGGACCGCUUCGACAGCAUCAUGCUACCCAAUGCGAGCUUUAUCUUUCACAAUCCAGACGGCAGUGUGAUCACGAAGGGAGAGAUUGAGUACUCAUGGUCUUCGACGAAGGACUGGGUAGCGUUCUUCGAGAAUGAGUUCAAGACGAUGCAAACGAUUCACAUUGUCGGACCAGCAGAGAUGGAGCAGAUUGCGCCUGAUGAGAUUAAAGCUAUCUGGGCGGUUACAUACCAUGCUGGGACGAAGGAGCAUGAGGGAGGUGUUCAUGGAACGGGCGGUGGACAUUAUCAUGAGACGUGGAAGAAGGUUGGGGAUGAUUGGUUUAUGGAGAGCUUGAGAAUGGAGAGGCUUUACUGGAAGGUACUGAGCGUUUAA